GUGGAUCCUACAGUCUAUGGGUGAAUCUGAGGGAAGUGUUCUGAAGAUUGCUGAUGAAGAAGAGGAUGAAGAAGAUGGUGGAACAUGGUGGAGAGCAGAGGAUGAAAUCUGUCUGAGGAAGUACCAAAUCAGGACACUUGAUGAGCUGCUGCACUGACAGACAUUCAUGGAAAUAAAUUAAGUGUGGGCUCUGCUAUGAAUCAGUGUGAGGAGACAGAGGAGGGAGUCCCUCCCUCUAAAAGCACUCUGUGGGGCAAACAUGGCAGCAGGACCAAAGCUCAGAGCCCAGAGAAGCAGCAGAGACCAGACUCUGCUGGACCUGGAUCCAGCUGUGUGUCCAUAAGGAGUGACCGGUCCAAGGGUCAGCCUUUAGUGUUUAAAGGACAACCUUCAUCUGGGUCUCAACUCCAUGUGCGAAGGAAAAAGGAGCUGGCUGAUUGUCUGCAGAGCAGAGCCGUUGCUGCAGUUUGUCGACGUCAAUUCAAAUUUAACCUGCAGAAGAAGUAUCAGUGUGUGUUUGAGGGGAUUGCUAAAGCAGGAAACCCAACCCUUCUGAAUCAGCUCUACACAGAGCUCUACAUCACAGAGGGAGGGACUGCAGAGGUCAAUGAUGAACAUGAGGUCAGACAGAUUGAAACAGCAUCCAGGAGACCAGACAGACCAGAAACAACCAUCAGACAAGAAGACAUCUUUAAAUCCCCACCUGGAAGAGAUGAACCAAUCAGAACAGUGAUGACAAAGGGAGUGGCUGGCAUUGGGAAAACAGUCUUAACACAGAAGUUCACUCUGGACUGGGCUGAAGACAAAGCCAACCAGGACAUACAGUUCACAUUUCCAUUCACUUUCAGAGAGCUGAAUGUGCUGAAAGAGAAAAAGUACAGCUUGGUGGAACUUGUUCAUCACUUCUUUCCUGAAACCAAAGAAGCAGGAAUCUGCAGCUUUGAAGAGUUCCAGGUUGUGUUCAUCUUUGACGGUCUGGAUGAGUGUCGACUUCCUCUGGACUUCCACAACAAUGAGGUCCUGACUGAUGUUACAGAGUCCACCUCAGUGGAUGUGCUGCUGACAAACCUCAUCAGGGGGAACCUGCUUCCCUCUGCUCGCCUCUGGAUAACCACACGACCUGCAGCAGCCAAUCAGAUCCCUCCCGAGUGUGUUGACAUGGUGACAGAGGUCAGAGGGUUCACUGACCCACAGAAGGAGGAGUACUUCAGGAAGAGGUUCAGAGAUGAGGAGCAGGCCAGCAGAAUCAUCUCCCACAUCAAGACAUCACGAAGCCUCCACAUCAUGUGCCACAUCCCAGUCUUCUGCUGGAUCACUGCUACAGUUCUGGAGGAUGUGUUGAAGACCAGAGAGAGAGGAGAGCUGCCCAAGACCCUGACUGAGAUGUACAUCUACUUCCUGGUAGUGCAGUCUAAACUGAAGAACAUCAAGUAUGAUGGAGGAGCUGAGACAGAUCCACACUGGAAUAAAAAGAGCAAAAAUAUGAUUGAGUCUCUGGGAAAACUGGCUUUUGAGCAGCUGCUGAAAGGCAACCCGAUCUUCUAUGAAUCAGACCUGACAGAGUGUGGCAUAGAUAUCAGAGCAGCCUCAGUGUACUCAGGAGUGUUCACACAGAUCUUUAGAGAGGAGAGCGAGUUGUACCAGGACAAGAUGUUCUGCUUCAUCCAUCUGAGCGUUCAGGAGUUUCUGGCUGCUCUUCAUGUCCACCUGACCUUCUUCAAAUCUGGUGUUAAUCUGCUGGCAGAAGAACAACCUGGUAUGUGGUCUAAACUCUUAAGCGACAAACCUAAACCAACACUUCUCUACCAAAAUGCGGUGGACAAGGCCUUACAGAGUCCAAAUGGACACCUGGACUUGUUCCUCCGCUUCCUCCUGGGUCUUUCUCUGAAGACCAAUCAGACUCUCCUACGAGGCCUGCUGACACACACAGGAAAUAUCUCACAGACCAAUCAGGAAACAGUUGAGUACAUCAAAGAGAAGAUAAGCGAGAAUCUGUCUCCAGAGAGAAACAUCAAUCUCUUCCACUGUCUGAAUGAACUUAAGGCAUGUUCUCUAGUGGAGCAGAUCCAACAGUUCCUGGGUUCAGGAAGUCUCUCCACAGAUAAACUCUCUCCUGCUCAGUGGUCAGCUCUGGGCUUCAUCUUACUGUCAUCAGAAAAAGAUCUGGACGUGUUUGACCUGAAGAAAUACUCUGCUUCAGAGGAGGCUCUUCUGAGGCUGCUGCCAGUGGUCAAAGCCUCCAAGAAAGCUCUGCUGAGUGGCUGUAAUCUGUCAGAAAGAAGCUGCAAAGCUCUAUCCUCAGUUCUCAGCUCCCAGUCCUCUAGUCUGAGACAGCUGGACCUGAGUAACAACGACCUGCAUGAUUCAGGAGUGAAGCUGCUCUCUGCUGGUCUGGAGAAGCCAUACUGUACACUGGAAAAUCUCAGGCUGUCAGGCUGUCUGAUCACAGAGGAGGGCUGUACUUCUCUGGUCUCAGCUUUGAGAUCCAACCCCUCCCAUCUGAGAGAGUUGGACCUGAGCUACAAUCAUCCAGGAGACUCAGUAGAAAAGCUGCUAUCUGCUGGACACAAGGAUCCACUUUGGAGACUAGACACUCUCAGGGUGGAACACUGUGGAGAGCAGUGGCUGAAACCUGGUGUGAGGAAGUAUGCCUGUGAACUUACACUGGACGCAAACACAUUAAAUAGAAACAUCCAACUGUCUUACAACAACAGGAAAGUAACAGCAGUGACAGAGGAGCAGCUAUAUCCUGAUCAUCCAGAGAGGUUUGAGCACUGGCCUCAGCUUCUGUGUAGAAAUGGUCUGACUGGUCGCUGUUACUGGGAGGUCGAGUGGAAAGGAAGGGUUUAUAUAUCAGUGAGUUACAGAGGAAUCAGCAGAAAAGGACAAACAUUUGACUGCUGGUUUGGAGGGAAUAAUCAGUCCUGGAGUUUGAGGUGCUCUGACAUUGAAGGUUACUGUGUCUGUCACAAUCAGAUCAGGACAGUCCUCUCCUCCUCCUCCUCGUCCUCCUCCUCUAACAGAGUAGCAGUGUAUGUGGACUGUCCUGCUGGCACUCUGUCCUUCUACAGAGUUUCCUCUGACACACUGAUCCACCUCCACACCUUCAACACCACAUUCACUGAACCUCUUUAUGCUGGCUUUGGGUUAUUGUCACCUGAUUCCUCAGUGUAUCUGUGUUCUCUGUAGGAGUUAGAGUCUCCUCCUGUUAGCAAAAAAACUGCUCAAAAACACACAUACAAUGUUUUUGUAAGUCACACUAACUUAAAAUUACAAAAAAAUGUGUUUUUGUUCUGGUGAAUGGACACCAUAAUGUUAAAUACCUUGAAACACUACAAUAUGUGGUUUCUGUUAAAGAUAAAGAUUGUAGUUAAGGUUAGGGUUAGGGUUACUUAGUACAAAAUGUAUUUUCCAAUAAAAUCAUGUUCCAAGUUGGUAUAUAAAGAAAAACAAUUUUACCAAUUAUCUUAUUUAGUAGAAAUAUGAUGCCACAGUGUUUGUUAAUGGGACAUGGAUUAGAAAAUAAACCUGUGAUGUGUUUAACCAGAAUCAAGUUAUUGGUAUAUCUGUUGUUGAUCAUUGAAGGCUGAAAUUUCUUUGAAUUGUUUAUUUUGCCAAUAUACUGAGCUGAUUACACAGCCACAUUGUUUUUUAUUGUUUUAUUUUUCAUAAUUACAGUUGAAAUUAUCUCUGUUUUCUGUUUGAAAAGCACGUUUUAAUGCUUUACUAUGAGGUUAAAUUGCUUAAUCUUAGGUUUAAUUUACAUACACAUCAGAACUGUCUUAACUGAAGGAGACCAAUUUGAGGGAACUGAAAAUAACUGGAUACGUUAAACAUUAACUUCAGAAAGUCAUCUUGUGAGCUAUUUGGUUGCAUAACGAAAUUCUGUCAACACAUAAAUAAAAUAAAUCAAUACAUCAGUACACCCCUCACAUUUUUGUAAAUAUUUGAUUAUAUCAUGUGACAACACUGAAGAAAUGACACUUUGCUAAGAUGUAAAGAAGUGAGUGUACAGCUUGUAUAACCGUGUAAAUUUGCUCUUCCCUCAAAAUAACACAUUACAAAGCCUUUUAUGUCUAAACAGCUGGCCACUGGCCACUGGAGUCCUCUUCCACUCCUCUAUGAUGACAUCACGGAGCUGGUGGAUGUUAGAGACCUUGUGCUCUCCACCUUCCGUUGAUGCCCCACAGUCAAUAUGGUUCACAUAGCAAUAAAUUCUACAUAUAUAUUU